AUGGCUAUUAUAAAGUCCAAGAUUACAAAGAGAUUACAUGAGAUAUAUAUCAAGAGUUUAAAUUGUACAGGGAAAUAUACUAUCCUUAGUAGUCUCCAAAUCCUUCUAGAAUGCUCUAUCUGUUAUGUUUGUUUAGGCCUGUGCUUUGUUGGGUCUACUAGGGAUUUCAUCACUUGGCUAAAUCGGUUGAAUUACUAUUGUGACACUGCCAUCAGUAAGAAUCAAACAAGCUUUUACCCUUUUGUUCCACAUGAGAUUUUUAUUCUCAUUAAGUUCAUUUUCGGACACUUGCAUUAUCUUUUAAUAGAUGUGCUGCCCCAGCCAAUCUACCCACUUGACAUUGUCUUCUACCAUGAUCAAUCGAGCAAGGCCAGCCUUGGGUCUAAAAUAAGGGGUCAUGCCUUGCCUCUGAUUCAUCGAAUAGGUAAAAUAAUGUUAAAAGUAGUGGUAUUUCAAUUUUGCUCGAGGGCUCCCACUUGUCCUACACCUCUCAAGUCAUUUCACAAAGUUGGACUAGAGUCAAGCUUAACAAGGUCUUCUUUCCCUAUUGAUUCUACCAAGCCCAUUCCAUUGGCUAUGGUUUCCCUAGAUGGUAGACAGGGAUAG